AUGUCAGACGAAAACAUUCAGCAGUUUAUGACGUUGUCCAAUGCCUCCCUCGAAACCGCUCAGUCUUACUUGGGCGAAUUCCCAGACCUAGGAGAUGCUUUGAAUGCUUUUUACGCCGCUCAAAAUGAUAACCCUAGUUCACAACCCGCCUCUGGAACAAGCACUCAAGAGCCCCGCUCUCGCCCCAGCCGAAGCUUGAGCCCUAAAAACUCCCCUGCCUUGUCACAGUCAUCUUCUCGAGCCGCCAAAAAGUCUGGGAACCAGAAUCCCAAGUUCAAGAGCUUCUCGGACAUUUUGAAAGAGACCAACGCAAACGACGACGACGAUGAGCCAAGAAACACAUUCGCUGGUGGCGAAACUUCUGGGCUUGAAGUUACUGAUCCAAAUGAUCCAGAUUCGCUUAUAAGAGACCUGUUAGAAAAGGCGAAGAGAGGCGGUCAGAGGUCGGAUGAUUCAACCCCUGAUGAAGCGCAACGCAAGAAGAGCCACUUCACAGGAAAAGGAUUUCGAUUGGGAUCAUCUGUCGACGCUCCUGCUCAUGUGGCUGACGACAUCCCUGCCGAACCCCUACCCUCCAGACCGCAGAAAGUUACAAGAGAAAUUACGUUUUGGAAGGAGGGCUUCCAAGUUAAUGACGGUGAAUUGUAUCGCUACGAUGACCCUGCUAACAGUUUCUAUCUAAAUGAACUGAACCAAGGAAGAGCACCAUUGCGUUUGUUGAAUGUCGAGUUUGGUCAGGAAGUUGAUGUGAAUGUGAACAAAAGACUCGACGAAAGCUUUAAGCCCCCAAAACGCAAGCUACAGGGAUUCCAUGGCACCGGCCAAAGACUGGGCUCUCCAAUUCCUGGUGAGUCGCUCUCUCCAGAAGCUACUCCACAGCCGCCGGCCCAGAAGUCACCAGCUUCAAAAGAAGAACCUGCCAAACCCACAGGUGACACUAGUGUACAGAUUAGGUACGCUAGCGGAAAGCGUGAAGUGCUGCAUUGUAACUCAACAGAUACUGUACGGUCCUUGUAUGAUCACGUUAAAGGCGAGACUGGCAAUGCGAAAGCGUUUACCUUGAACCACGCAUUCCCUGUUAAGCCAAUCGAGAACUUCGACAGCUCUUUGAAAGAGGAAGGACUUUGUCAUGCAGUCGUGGUCCAAAGAUGGGUCUGA